AACUAAUAUAAACUGCAUUACCCAGCACGCAUCACGAUGACGUAGAUAACAAGAGCCUUCAAGAUGGUGCUCGAAAGUACUAUGGUCUGUGUGGACAACAGUGAAUACAUGCGCAAUGGCGACUUUCUGCCCACCAGGCUUCAGGCUCAGCAGGAUGCAGUUAAUAUUGUUUGUCACUCCAAGACUCGCAGCAACCCUGAAAACAAUGUGGGCCUCAUUACCAUGGCAAACAACUGUGAAGUGCUGACAACACUGACUCCAGACACGGGAAGGAUACUGUCAAAGCUGCAUGCGGUACAGCCUCGUGGAAAUAUCAGCUUCUGCACGGGCAUCAGGGUAGCACAUUUGGCCUUGAAGCACAGACAGGGCAAAAACCACAAGAUGCGCAUCAUUGCGUUUGUUGGCAGUCCAGUAGAGGACAAUGAAAAAGAGUUGGUCAAAAUGGCAAAACGUCUGAAGAAAGAAAAGGUUAAUGUGGAUAUUAUUAACUUUGGAGAAGAGGAGAUGAACACAGAAAAACUGACGACCUUCAUUAACACGCUGAAUGGUAAAGAGGGCAGCGGCUCUCAUCUGGUCACAGUGCCUCCUGGCCCCAGUCUGGCGGACGCUCUGCUGUCCUCGCCCAUCCUCGCCGGGGAAGGCGGUGCAGUGUUAGGCCUGGGCGCCAGCGACUUUGAGUUUGGAGUAGAUCCCAGUGCAGACCCAGAGCUGGCUUUGGCUCUAAGGGUGUCGAUGGAGGAGCAGAGACAACGGCAAGAGGAUGAAGCCCGCAGAGCCGCUGUGGUAUCAGCUGCUGAAGCUGAAAUUUCCUCACCUGCGGACGAAUCUGAGGAUGCCCUGUUGAAGCUGUCCGUUCCAAAUACAGACUCUGCUACACCUGCGUUGCCUGAUUUCAGCCGUAUGACAGAGGACGAACAGAUAGCAUAUGCUCUUCAGAUGUCCAUGCAAGGAUCAGCAGCAGAGUUGGGUGGCGAGGACAUGGACACCGGUGCUGACAUGGACUCAAGUGAGGCAAAGGAUGAAGAAGACUACGACGUGAUGCAAGAUCCAGAGUUCCUUCAAAGCGUCUUGGAGAACCUUCCCGGCGUUGACCCUAACAACGAGGCCAUCCGUAACGCUAUGGGUUCACUGGCCUCACAGACUGGCCCUAAACCUGACACCAAGAAGGAUGAAGAGAAAAAGAAAUGAGCAUUUAAAGGGAAGAGUGAAAAAUGUGCUCACCCAACAUUUCUGACAGUUGUGUUGCAGGUGUAUAUCACAGGGCAUAAAAAUACAUUCUUCUGC